UGCCCGUGGAACCUCAGUAAGACAAACUUCUUCCCUCUAAGGACACACGACUCCAGUGAUCUCACUAUGUCUGUCAUCCAAGCCUUGCUGCAGCAGACAUGCAUGCCCGAUGACUCGGUCCAGGAGGGAACGGUGACUGCAUCACCCAAUUUCAGCCCCAGUGGAGAUGCAGCAGUCUUGGAUGAAGCCAUCCAGGCAAAAGGUGUGGAUGAGAACACCAUAAUUGAAAUCCUGGUGAAAAGGAGUAACGACCAGAGACAGCAGAUCAAAGAGGCUUACCAGCAAGCCAGUGGCAAG